UAAUAUUGGAAAAAUAUUCUCAAAAUUACAAAAAUUUUAUUUUUCUUCAAGAGUGAUUCUGGUCAAAGGAAUGGACUAAUAUUUAUCCAUCUUGAUGCUCAGCACGCCCUGGUUUUCAAUUUGAUCCCUCAAAGCAAACCCACCUUCCAUCAACCCCAUUUACAGAACCAUCCUCACUCUUCAGUACAAUGCCAAUCUUAUCCUUCCUCAUUCUAGUUGAGUCUUCAACCUUCUCUCCCUCCUCCUCUCUGAUAAAGAAGUAUUUUUCUUUAACACCAUCACUAAAGGAAGUCGAUCUUCUUGGUAUCUUGCCACCUUUACUAGUACCCUCUAUAUACCCAACCUUGACACUGCACUAUUAUUGCCACCAUCAUCAUUUCUUGACGGAGAAGAAGAACCACUGAUAGUAGAUUUCAUUUGGCUCAACAACAAAUCUUGAUAGAACCAAUUAUAUUUUCUAAGAGCCCAAUACGCAUCUGCUUUUACAGCCCAAUACGAAGCUGCCUAAAUGGCUUCCAAUGGUGCAAAACAGCCCUUGCUGUCAGGAUUGGUGGAUCCCACCUCUCAAAGAAUCAAUGAAUGUCAUCGCAACAGAAGAAGGAUUCGCCAUGUUAAAAGUGCUUCCCAAGCAGAAUCUGUUCCUUCAGAUACUAGUGGCAAUGUGCCAAUUCCAUGUUGUGGUUCCUUUUGGGGGGGACUACACCAGAGCCUGAAGAAAGUAGCCGUGUUAUUGGCUGUCUACUUAGGUCUUGGCACAAUAUGCUUUUAUGCUGUCAGGGAUGAUAUCAAAGGGAAGAAAACCAAUCCGAUUCUUGAUUCUGUAUAUUUUUGUAUUGUGACGAUGACCACAGUAGGAUAUGGGGACCUGGUGCCCAAUAGUGCCUUUGUGAAGUUACUUGCCUGUGUUUUUGUCUUCGUAGGGAUGGCUCUUGUUGGAUUGAUACUGAGCAAAGCAGCAGACUAUUUGGUAGACAAGCAGGAAAUAUUACUGAUUAAAGCUCUACACAAGCAUGAAAAACCUGGUCCAGCUGCGUCUCUAAAGGAAAUUGAAACCAGCAAAGUGAAAUACAAAUGUUAUUUGGCCCUGGCUAUCCUUUCAGUGCUCAUGCUGGUCGGAACUGUUUUCCUGUAUAUGGUUGAGGAUUUGGACAUCAUUGAUGCUUUCUACUGUGUCUGCUGUACCAUUACAACUCUCGGUUAUGGAGACAAGAGCUUCUCAACUGGAGGUGGUCGUUUCUUUGCUUUAUUUUGGAUGCUGACGGGUACUAUUGGUUUAGGUCUGUUAUUUCUAUACAUUGCAGAGCUAUUCACUGAAAGCAGACAGAGGACACUGGUGCACUGGGUUCUUACUAGAAAGACGACCAAUUUAGAUCUGGAGGCAGCAGACAUCGAUGAUGAUGGUGUUGUUGGGGCCGCGGAGUUCAUCCUAUAUAAGCUUAAAGAGAUGGGGAAGAUUAGCCAAGAAGAUAUUGCACUUGUAAUGGAGGAGUUUGAGGAUCUUGAUGUUGAUCAAUCUGGAACCUUGUCAGAUUCUGAUAUCACGCCUGCACAGUCAACUCAGAUGAAGAAAUGACUUCACCAUCAGCGAGUAGUCCUUGGCUAAUACAAUUAAGUGAUAUUGAUAUCAUAGAAGAUAUGGUUUCCUGUAUCAAGUUUACCCUAGUCUGUUCAUUAAGGCCACUGAGCUUUAUGGAGAAAAAAAAAUACUGAUAGAUCUUGAAUUGAAAAGUUUUGAAAGGACAAAGAUGCAAGUAGAAGGCUGGCAUACUUAUUAUGGUUCCAUGAGUUAUGCCAGAAGGAAGCGGCAUUGCAGAAAGUUCAAGUUGCUCUUUGAGAAACAAAUAAGCAUUGCCCGCAAUCUCACCUGUUUCAACAUCCAGAUCCAAGCUGUGUACCUCCUGAAAAAAAUGUUUCAGAGAUAGAAAAGCAUACAGCUCGAACUUGACAGGCAGGCAUCUGAUAUUAUGCUCAACCCACGGGGUACAGGCCCAGGCUAUCUUUUAGUUCGGUGAGCUAGAGGAUCUGUUCCGCUAAGAGGAGCUUGCCUUGCCACAAGCGUUCUCCAUGAAACACAUUAAGCUUAUUGCCUUUCACCGCAAGAUUUUUGAGCCUCUGGCGACAAAAAUCUCUAUGAGCAGAUGAUCAGGAAACUUCCAAAUGGAGUAUAGCCUCUAACAAUGUUAUCUUGAACGUCGUCUGUUAUACAAAAAUCAAAUGAGAAGAGACAUUCCUUAAUGUUUUAGAAAUAAAACACCAAGAAGAGAUAUUUUUAUAUAAA